UUACCGAAUGACUCCCUGUGAGGGGCUGUCCUCUAAAUGGGAAAUGGGUGAGUGACACUGAUGAGAAAGAAACCCUUAUGGGAGGACCAAAGUUGGAGGCCCUGGUAUAGAAAGAGCAUUAUGUCUUGCGUCAUUUGAGGUCAUUUAUGUCAUUCUUCUGUGAUGUCCUUGCUGUGGCCUUGCACAAUAGGCAGGUCAGGUAUCCGUACGUGGAGAUCGGGCCCACGAGGGGUGGGCCUCUGCUCCCCGUGUCCCCGCGCUGCUCCUGGGCAGUCUCCGGGAUCAGUGAUGGCCCGGGGUGUCUUGCGGGGGUGGUCAGGAGCCUCAGCUUGUGCUCAUGGCCUCCCAGGGUGGGCAGGGGUGCGGAGGCCAGCUGGCCCGCCUUGGCCAAGGGGGACGUGUCAGGAGUGCAGGGAGAGGGCCCUGUGUGUCACCUGCACCUUUCUGGGGACCACCCCCUGUUGAAAGCCCUUCUUUGCCUAAGUUCCUAAUAAGCCAUUUCUUGCUGACAUCACCAGCUGAGGCUAAACGAGGUUUGCUGUAAACAGAUCUGAUCGGGGGUCGCUCCGUCGAUGAGAAUCAGCGUUUCCUUGUGUGUCGUAGGGACCGCUUUGUGUGCGUUCUCUCUCCCAGCUCAGCCUCCUUGUCUUAUAGAUGGACACGUGUCACCGGGGAUGCGAUGUGUAGAGAGUGACUGUCAUUCUUUCUGAGCGGGAGCUCUGCAGCCUGGCACAGUUGGGAACUAACUACUUGACUCUGGUUUGUUUCAGAGCUGAACUCCAAUGUCCAGCGAUGGAUGACGACAGCCUGGAUGAGUUUGAGGACCAGAGCCCGGGGCCAGAUGUGCACCCACAGCUCAGCACCGCCGCCCUGGCCAGGGACGCCGAAGAAAGCAGUGACAGCGACAGUGGGGGUUCUGAGGAUGACACGGGCAGUGAGCUCAGUGACAGCUCUGAUGGAGAGGACGAGGAGGGGGACCUGGAAGAUGGAUCUGGUUCUGAAGGUUCCGAAGACGACGAUGACGUGGACAUAAUGGCAGACGCUCAGGGGAGGCUGGAGGCCAGCGGCGCCCUGAACUCCGACGACGACUCUGAGAGCUGUCCCAUUUGUCUCAACACUUUCAGGGGCCAGGUUGUGGGGACACCGCAGAGCUGUGCCCACUACUUUUGCCUGGACUGUAUCGUGGAAUGGUCCAAGAACGCCAACUCCUGCCCAGUCGAUCGCACCGUGUUUAAAUGUAUUUGUAUCCGAGCCUGCUAUGGCGGUAAAAUAUUGAAGAAGAUCCCAGUGCAGAACGCCAGAGCUGCCGAGGACGAGGAUGAGGACCCCACCUUCUGCGAGGUCUGUGGCCACAGUGACCGGGAGGACCGCUUGCUCCUCUGCGACAGCUGUGAUGCUGGGUACCACAUGGAGUGUCUGGAGCCGCCCCUCCGAGAGGUGCCGGUGGAUGAGUGGUUCUGUCCGGAGUGUGCCACCCCCAGAGCUGCUGCCAACGCCACAGACGCGGGUCUCGGGAGCGAGGAGGAGGUCUCCCUGCUCUUGGCCGACACCGUGCCCACCGCCAGCCGACUGCGGCCACGCGCGGGGCGGACCCGGGCCAUCGCCAGGACGCGGCAGAGCGAGCGUGUCCGAGCCACCGUGAACCGGAACCGCAUGUCCACUGCCAGCAGAAUCCAGCCCAUCCCACGGUACCUGACGUCUUCCCUGCUCGACGAAACCAUCGAGGCCGUCGCCUCUGGCCUGAGUACUGCCGUGUACCAGCGCCCCACGACGCCCCGAGCCCCCACCAAGCGGCGAAGGAGAGCAGGAAGACGGAAGCGAGCGGCAGGGAGGAAGAAAGUGCAGCGCAGACCGUCUCUGAGGAGCAAAGGCUCCGGGACGAGGUCCAGGCGGCGCCAGGGCCGCGCCAAGAAGAGGAAGGGGCGAACGCCAAAGAAUGAAGUCACAGCUCGUUGUCGCAUUGCAAGGACGCUGGGCCUGCGGAGGCCUGUCCGUGGGGCCUGCAUCCCAUCGGUAUACAAGCCUGCAGACCCCUCCCUGGGGCUGCUGCGUGCGGAUAUCGGGGCCGCCUCUCUCUCUCUGUUUGGAGACCCCUACGAGCUGGACCCCUUCGACAGCAGUGAAGAGCCAGCUGCAAACCCAGCUUCCCCUCUGAGCGCCAAGAGGAGGGCGCUGUCCCGGUCGGCCCUGCGGUCCCACCGGCCUGUGGCCCGGCCCGUCUCCAUGGGGCUGUCCAGGAGAAAUGUCCCCGCCGUGGCGCCAGAGCCGGAGAUGGACACGGCCCCCGUGCCCGACCUGCUAGGCAGCAUCCUGUCUGGCCAGAGCCUCCUGCUAAUGGACAGCGCCGACGUCACCAUCCACCGGGACGGCUCGCUCAGCGCCAAGCGGGCAGCACCGGUUUCUUUUCAGAGAAACUCAGCGGGUCCGUGUCCCGGGGGAGAAGGCCAUGGGCCUGGGGAUGGCCUGCGGCCUGGAGCGCCACACUCGGGGUGCUCGGGAAGCCUGGGUUCAUGCUGUCAGGGCAGGCCCGCCCCUUCCUGCGUCCCUGCGCUCACGGGGGGUGCUGCGGUAAGGCCAAAGUCCUCAGUGGCCCCUCGGUCCAGCCAGGCUCAGAAUGCGUCGCAUGCGAGCAGUCCCGGCUCCAAACGACAUGACAGCCCCCAGUUUAAUGGUGACAGCAAGCAAGCUCUGCCUCUUAGAUUUGCAUCUAAGACCUCAAAUAGUAACUUGCCAUCUAAGAGUGCUGGACUGGGACAGGCCCCCAGACCAGCUCUCAGACCAGCUCCCAGGAGAACUGACAUCUGUGAGUUACCCAGGAUACCAAAGAUCAGAAGGGACGACGGAGGCAGCAGACAGGAGGGCCCGGCCCCGGCCCCGGCCCCGGCCAGUGGGCAGCAGGUCAGCAUCCCCAGCUCGUGCAUUAGCCGGCUCACGGGCCGAGAGGGCCCCGGGCAGCCCGGCCUUGGCACCCGGGCCGACGGCGAGCCCCGUGGCAGGGCCUCGCAGGAGCCCGGUGUACACUCAGGGAGUGGUGCCCAGCCCCCUGGCCCGCUAGGACCCUCGAGGGCGAAGGGCAGUGGCACGAGCUUCCAGAGCUUCCGGAUCAACAUUCCCGGGAGCGCGGCGCACGCCAGCAGACUGCCCCCCCCCGGCUUCUGCGACACCUUCCGGCCCGUGGACAGCAAGGUGCCGAGGAAGGACAGCACCUCGGCCCUGUUCUCCCUCAGGAAGGCCAAGCAGCUCGAGAGCGAGAUCUACGACCCCUUUGACCCCACGGGCUCCGACUCCAGUUCCGCCAGCAGCCCCGAGCGCAUGGGCUCUGGCCUCCUGCCAUCAGAGAUCACGCGCACCAUCUCCGUGGACAGCCCCAGGGCCGCGCCUCUGCAGGCUGUGCGCCGUGUCACCUCCUACACUGUGGAGGCGGGCUCUUCGGAGGAGCCUGGGUCCCCUCACGGGCCUUCCUUAGAUGUGCUCAACCUCCCGGGCGAAGAGGGGCCCCCCGAGGGCCAGGGCCCAGCAGCCCGGGCACAAAGGCUGUCCCCACCGGGGCCCUGGGAGGACGAGGACCCACCACUCCACAGCUCCUUCUUUGGUGCUGAGGAACGGACAGUGACCUGCGUGACGGGGACGGAACCAGAUGUCCCGCCGCCUGCGCCACCCACCCACAGGGUGGUGGAGUUGCGGGCCCAGCCCCGCUCCCGCUCCCGCUCCCGCUCCCGCUCCACAUCCAGCUCCCGCGGCAGGAAGGAGGCCAGGAGGAAGCAGGCCCCUGCCAGGGAGCCCAGGAGGACACGCUCAGGCACCCGCUCCGGCUCCCGCUCCGGGGAUGGGAGCUCGGGGUCAGUGUCGCCACAGGUGGGUGAGGAUCACACCAGGAGGCAGCAGCCCAAGGCCAGGAGCCGGAGAUCUUCCAGUGAAGGCUCCAGCAGCCACGAGCGAGCCAGGCGGAAGAAGGCCAAGGACAAGGGCAGGGAGAGGAGCAGGGGUUUCCGGGGCCCCGGCCGGCGCAGGUCCCGCUCUCGGUCUGGCAGCCCAGGCAGUUCCUCCCAUGAGCACCGUGACAGCAGGCGGAGGAGGCGACGGCGGUCAGGGUCCAGGACUUGGGGGCGGGGGUGCUCUCCGCCCAGCAGCCUGGACAGGGCCUGGCGGCCCCACCACCCUAGGGAGAGGAGCCGAGAGCGGCCACGAGACAGACGGGGCUCCCGUGAGAGGAGGAAGCACAGGUCCCGGUCACCCAGGUCUCCGAGCGCGGAGCACAGGUCCCGCGAGCACCGGCGGCCUCGUUCCCGUGAGAAACGGCCCCGGCCCCGCUCCCCGGAGAGGAAGCCUCCAGUGAAGGGGGCUUCCCCAGCACCCCCUCCCCAGGAAGAGCCGCAGCCGUACAGCGAGCCCCCCGCCCAGCCGCCGGCCUUGGCAGGAGCCAGUGCCUCAGCAGCAGGGGCCGAGGCCGAGGCCCUCCCAAGGGCCACUGCUGUCCCAGAGGUGCCAGCUGGGUGUCUGCCCGAGGACCUGGACUACGGGGAUUCCGUCGAGGCGGGACAUGUCUUUGAAGACUUUUCGGGGGAAGGCAUUUUCAUGCAGCUGGAUGACAUGAGCUCCCCACCCUCCCCGGAGAGCACGGACUCCUCCCCAGAGCGAGCCUUCCCCCUCAACCCUGCCGUCCCUGCCACCAGCCAGCACCAGGACACCAGCCUGGCCAUGGCUGUCAUCAGAAGGGAGGUGUCGCUGAUGCACGGUGAAGAUGCCAUGCAGCCCUUGCCCUGGGCCGAGGGUCCCCAAGAGCUGCUCUUGUUGCAGCGGGAUUCGGCCAGGGCCGCUGCGGUGCCUGGCACGCUGGGAGGCCUGGCCGUGGGGCAGGAAGAGGCCCCCCCUCAGACCCCUGUGCUGCGGGCCAAGGCCCCGGUGAAGAGAGUGACCUGGAACCUGGAGGAGGCGGUGGGCAGCGCCCUGGCCGAGGACAGAGGCCAGCGGAUGCCACUUCACAGGCCACAGCAGCCCCAGGAAGAGGCCUGGGAAACUGAAGACAAGGGCCUUGUGGCGGCCCCCCAGCAGGCGCCCCUCCCGGAGCCUCCUCCCCAUGGUCACCUGCUUCCAGAGCCUGGCUUCCUAGACGCUGAUGCCACUCAGGUGUAUAGCCCCAACCUGCUUCCUGCUCCGGCCCUGCCCUUGAGCAUCCCGCCCUACGCACCGGUCAGCCAGCCCACGGUCCAGUUCAUCCUGCAGGGGAGUCUGCCCCUGGCGGGCUGCGGGGUGGCACAGAGCCCGGCCCCAGUGCCCAGCAUCCUGACCACAGCCUCAGAGCCUGCUGGCCAUGCCGCUGCCACCAACAACUCAGAGGAGAGGAUGGCCACUCCCCGGCCAGCCGCGGAGAAGGCCAAGAAUGAGGAGUACAUGAAGAAGCUGCACGUGCAGGAGCGGGCGGUGGAGGAGGUGAAGCUGGCCAUUAAGCCCUUCUACCAGAGGAGAGAAGUGACUAAGGACGAGUACAAAGACAUCCUCCGCAAGGCCGUGCAGAAGAUCUGCCACAGCAAGAGCGGAGAGAUCAACCCUGUGAAGGUGGGCAACCUGGUGAAGGCGUACGUGGACAAGUACAGGCACAUGCGCCGGCACCGGAGGCCGGAGGCCAGCGAGGAGCCCGCCGCCCAGGGCGCGGAGGGCUGAGGCUGUGGCUGCACGACGCCUCAGGGGCUGGUGCCCCGGCGGAGCCGUUCUGUUGGGAGUGGCAGAAGCAGCAGACUCUGGGGACAGCCAGCCCUCCUGUUUUCAGGGUUCCUGUGAUCACACGUGGGUCUGUGCACCUGUUCUGUUCACAGUUUAAACUGGACUCUUUUAUAUUAUAGAUACACUGUUUCAUUGUGUUCUAAUUUAUCAAAAAUGGACUAUCUUUAGAAAUA